AGAAAAUAAAGCGCGUAAAACGAGCUCGUUGUAAAGUUCACUGCCAUUUCAUUGGUCGAUUAGGUCACAUGGUACUUCAAACCGACGCUAGCAAAGUGUAAGGGGAUUGCCUUUUGCCUUCAUUGAGAAGUUGUGUCGACAGAAUCUAUAACAAAAUGCCCGGAGGAAAAGCUGGAAAGGAUUCUGGAAAAGCGAAAGCUAAGGCAGUGUCUCGUUCUGCGCGCGCAGGGCUUCAGUUUCCUGUCGGUCGUAUCCAUCGUCACUUGAAGACGCGAACCACCAGUCAUGGACGAGUAGGUGCCACAGCUGCAGUGUACAGCGCUGCCAUUCUGGAAUAUUUAACUGCUGAGGUGCUUGAGUUAGCUGGUAAUGCCAGUAAAGAUUUGAAAGUCAAACGUAUCACUCCACGUCACUUGCAGCUUGCCAUCAGAGGAGACGAGGAACUGGAUUCUCUAAUUAAAGCAACCAUUGCCGGCGGUGGUGUCAUCCCACACAUUCACAAGUCACUGAUUGGCAAGAAAGGCUCUCAGAAGGCAGCAUAACCGCUCAGAUGUUCCAGCUCAUUUGAUUUAGAUGUUGUUAUUGUCUUGCAUUUAAAUGAUCAUUCUGCCAUUAAGUGUAUGUAGAUUUUUAAACACUUCACCUGGACCAUUUUAUAUAUGAAUAACUUGUGUGACGUUGUGUUGUUUUAGAUGGUGUAAUUACUAACUGAACUUUCACCUCACGUCAUCGUGUAAUUAGUUUGUGUCAUUCAGAUAUAUGUAAAUGUUUAUCUUUCAUCCAUGAAUUCAUUUUUUUAAACUUUAUUAUUUUUUUUUAUUUUACUUCAUUUUUUUUGGAGUGCUGUAGCCCCAUGUGUUACAGAUAUUAUUCUAUUUGAUAGUAGACAUUUGGAUACUCUCCAUUUUCUAUCAAUUCAUUGUAGUCAUUUAGCUGCAGCUGUCUCUAGUUAAGACAACAGUAUUAGAGACGGUUUUGUAUGUAGUACUCCAUGUCCCUCCCCCAAAUGCUGUAGAUGUAUAUCAUGUGACCUGUUAUUUAAAUUUCCAUCCUAACAUACCAGUGGCUUGAAUGUCACAGAUUCCAUCAAGUUAAUGUAUUCUUAGAUCUUCUUGUCAUUUCACAAUCAUGUGACCAGUUUUUAUUAAUGGACUAGAAUAAAGCUUCAAAGAAAUAUA